AUGUCAGCAUUACCGACGCGGAUGUUCGUAGGAGUACUUGGUACGCUCCUGCAUCCUGCAUCCACCGAGGCGCCGGGCGGAUAUGCCGGCGGGUCCGGGAUGCGGAGCAUAUCCAGUUUUAUCCAGGCUUGUGAGCGCAAGCCACGGACGGAAACUUCCGGGACUCGUGAAUUCCUGCCGUCCUGCGGCAGCAACUCUAGCAAGGCAGCAACCAAACCACCAAGCAGCGCCACCACGCCGGUGACCGCAGCGCGGCGGCCCAUCGAGUUGGUGAGGACAGCGCGGAGGCGGGGACCCGUCGUGGAACCAUUGGAGCCCCCAGGCCCCAGGCAAAGGGGAUUAGGGGAACGAGGCUGCGAGAGGGAGUUGCUGGAUCGCCUGACGUGGAUCCGUGCUGUUCCCGUGUCCCAGCCAACAGCCAGGCCCCACUUGCGCGUCCCCAAUCGCCUCAUCCGCCGCAUAUCCCUGGGGCCCACAGGAGAUCAGCUACCACUGCCCGUUCGCCACGUCCCCACGCUCCCGGAGACGAUAGACGGUGAGAUGAGCUUGUCGAACAUGGUGCUGGGCUUCCUGGAAGAUUUCGAGAGGGACCAGCGACGGCCGGAGAACGACGACGACGACGACGACGAGGGCUCCAGCGGUGGCGACACCGCCGAGAGCAAGGCCUUCUGGCAGACCCAACAUUCCCAGCUGCACGAGGCUCUGGCCAAGACGAGCCUGGCGGAGAGCAGGAUCCGCGCGGACACGGAGGAGGCCGUCAAGAGCAUGCGCGCCGCGGCCUGCUCCUGCUCCUGCUCCCGCACGGGGCGACCCGCCGCCCGGGACUGCCGGCUGUGCAUGCUCCGCCACGUCGCCGACCGGCUGCGCGACGCCGGCUACAACAGCGCGCUCUGCAAGUCCAAGUGGACGAGCUCGCCGGACAUCCCUUCAGGCGAGCACAGCUACGUGGAGGUGGUGGUGCAGACGAGGAGCGGCAAGGCGGUGCGCGUGGUGGUGGAGCUCAGCUUCCGCGCCGAGUUCGAGGUGGCGCGCGCCAGCGCCGGGUACCGCGCGCUGGUGACCGCGCUGCCGGAGGCGUUCGUGGGCCGGGCCGACCGGCUGCGCGGCGUCGUCAAGGUCAUGUGCGCCGCGGCCAAGCAGUGCAUGAAGGAGAACAACAUGCACAUGGGGCCCUGGAGGAAGCACAAGUACAUGCAGGCCAAGUGGCUCGGCACGCCCGAGCGGACGACGGCGGCCGUGGCGGCUGCGGCGGCUACGCCGGUGGUGGUGGUUCCGUCGGUGACCGUCGGCUCGCCAGAGCAGCAGACCAAGUUCAGGGCGUCCAUGCUCACCUUCGACUUUGGCCAGACCGCGGUGGAGGCCGCGUGA